AUGCCCCGUUCCCGGCAAUCCUCCAUCAGGGACGUGAUGCUACAUGAAGGUGUUGACCUGCCUUAUGAUAUCGUUACCUUGAGGCGGGAGGGCACCUUUGGAGAUGCAGCCGAGCUUUACCAUGUCAAAGUCUACAACAUGUGCCUUCAUGAGAUAUUUUCAGGGAUUGCUAAGUCCGAAUUUUGUGUCGAUCGCUUUGCACCUGUUGGCUCGAUCCUUGGCAGUGGCAUCAUUCUGAGCCUGGGUGCGCUUUUUGCAAGGAGCACUGCCGGCGAAGGAUUCAAUAGCAUUGGCCUACACAACAGCUCCGAGAAACGAGAUGACCAGCUGAUUUGGAAAGUUUUCUCUCCGGAACCACUGACAGCCGAGCAAUCGAAGAAGCUCUUCCCGAAUGGGCCCAAAUGCGAGACAGUUGGGUGGUGGGCCUACCCGAAGUAUGAGGCGACCGGCAAAAAGUUGGCGGAUGCCGCAUUCUGCCUGGAUGGAGCUGGCCUCUACUACUGCAAUGCAAUCGAGGAAGCGGCUAGUGCCAUGGAGAUGGCUGUGCUGGGAGCAAAGAACUGCGUUCUGCUCGCCAGCAACCGUCUGAAAGGAGCCACAAGCAACAUCGACACCCCCUCACUGCCAGCGCGGCUUUGA